AUGUUUGCGACAAGAAAUUUUUACCGUCCAAUCCCUCGGUGGAUUCAGAUACGAUCACUAUCAACAUUGGAGGGACAUCCUCAUAUCUAUGUUUUCCCGAAAAAUGGAGCUCAUAUCCUGUCUCUUCUACCGUCCGAGCCAGUCAGCCCGGACCUAUCCAUCGGAAUCACGUCAAAGCUCCCUCCCACUCCCGACUCCUUCCGCGAGAACCCCAGGUUCCUCGAGACUCUGCAGGAAGUCCUCUCGCAGCAUGCGCACAAGGAUCCCGACGCAAUUUCGCAAGCUCAAGUGAUGGUUUCUACGUCCGGUGCCAACCUAGGGUCAGGCGGCGUGUUGAUGACGGGCUCGCGUCAGAGAAGGAGGCGCGGUGGGACAGAUCUUUCUAGUGGAGCUAGCGGUCAAGGCGGAGCUGGGUCGGCUGGUAGAGGUGGAUGGAUACAUAUCUCGGAUAACAGGCGGCCGCCCGAGUAUGGGCGGAUUGCAUGGCCUGAGGACAUCUUCGGAAGCUUAGAGGUUGAUGGCGAGGGAAAAUUCGUCGGAGAAACUGGAAACUACCAAGCAAGUGGUACCUAUCGUGUUGUUACCCGAGAUGGAAUUCUCGGCCUAAGCCCAUUCUUGAGAGAGAAGCUGGUUCAAAAACUGCGUGAACAAGAAUCGCAAUAA